AUGCAGAGCGCGCUGCACCCGGAGUGUCCGCCGACGCACGGCGUGGUGCGCGCGACGUGUAAGGGCGGCGGCUUCAUCAUUUCUCCGCGCGCGCUGAGCGUGACCCAAGGCGACGAGCUCACGUCGAUGGUGACCAAUGUAGUGCACUUGGACCCGCAGGGGUGGGAGGGCCAGCUGCUGCAGCGCCUGAACGUCAUGCACUUGUACGUGCGGCAGCAGGUGCUGUCACUCACGGGACUGAGAGACGUGAUGGAGGCGCGCAAGUACGUGUGCCCCAAUGUUCCGGAGGAGUUCUCGGCUGCGCUCGCGGCGUCUACGGAGGAGCAGCAGGCGAUCGCGACGGCACAGGAGGGAGAAGGUGCUGCUGGUGCUGCGGGAGAUGCUGAAGCGCCGGUGUCGCAGCUCGAGGAGUUCCCGAGCAACGUCCCGCGGUCGAUGUGGGCCGAGCCGGAUGGUGGAGCGAUGAUGGUUCGUGGCCCCGACUACCUGACUGACCGCCGGAAGAUCCCGUCUCAGUCGCCGUACUUCCGGCUCGUCGGCAUGGACCUGUACGAGUCGUCGGAAGCUGUUGAACACAUUGCCUCGCGCGCGGACAACCCUGUGCAGCGCGAGCUGAAACGUCACGAGGAGCAGGGAACGGAGAUGCCGUUCACGUUCGUGAUUAACUUCGUGGUGCCCGGCAACCCACGCAUCAACCUGGUGUUGUACUACCAGGUGCCACACCCUUCCGUGCUGACGGACGGCUCGCCGGCCACCGAGCUGAUGGCCGACUUCUUGGAAGGCUCGGACGAGUUCCGCAACGAGCGCUUCAAGCUCAUUCCCUGCAUCGUGGAGGGAAGCUUCAUCGUGCGCCAGGCCGUGGGCUCCACCCCAGCAUUGAUCGGCAAGAAGCUGCGCCAGCCCUACUUCCGCGGCAAGCAGUACUUCGAGCUGGACGUCGACAUUGGCUCGUCGGCAGUCGCAAACCGCGUGGUCGGGCUCGUCUCGGGCUACACGAAGAAGCUGGUGAUCGACAUGGGCUUUGUGCUGGAGGGCCAGAACCCGGAGGAGCUCCCCGAGAGACUCUUCGGCAGUGUGCGCCUGGUGCAUAUUGACUUGGGCGUCGCCAAGAAGCUCACUUAA